GCCUCAUCAUCCAAGAACGCAAGCCUCCAUCCAAUCCAGGUCCUAAAACCCUAGAGGAGAGGAGCCGCCGUCGCCGCCGCCGCCGCCGCCGCCGCAGAGCAGCAGCAGCUUCCGUAUCCGCCGCCUCCGCAGCUCAGGAGUGGACGGGCGAUGCCGAAAUCCAAGCGCAACCGCCCAGUGACCUUAUCAAAGACCAAAAAGAAGCCUGGUUUAGAGCGCAAGGGCAAAGUAGUCGCCGAGAUCAAAGAUGCUAUCGACAAAUACAGCAGUGCCUAUGUUUUCACCUAUGAUAACAUGAGGAAUCAGAAGCUCAAGGACCUCAGGGAGCAGCUCAAAUCUUCUAGCAGGAUAUUUCUUGCUGGAAAGAAGGUUAUGCAGAUAGCGUUGGGGCGUUCACCUGCUGAUGAAGCUAAAACAGGCCUCCACAAACUUUCCAAGUUCCUUCAAGGCGACUCUGGUCUGUUCUUCACCAAUCUUCCAAGGGAUGAUGUUGAGAGGAUGUUUCGAGAAUUUGAGGAGCAUGAUUUUGCAAGGACAGGAAGUACUGCCGCAGAGACGGUGGAGCUUAAAGAAGGUCCUCUGGAACAGUUCACACAUGAGAUGGAGCCAUUUCUACGGAAGCAAGGACUUCCAGUUCGCUUGAACAAAGGUGUUGUAGAGUUGGUUGCAGACCAUGUAGUUUGUGAGGAAGGAAAGCCCCUUUCACCAGAAGCAGCACAGACUCUGCGGUUGCUUGGAAUACAGAUGGCAACAUUCCGUCUAUACCUUGUGUGCCGCUGGUCGUGUGAUGACUUUGAAGUUUACAAAGAAGGCUUGAUGCACCUAGGAGCUGAUGAUUCCUCUUAAGCUUGUGUUUCCUGUAUACAAGGGCACACUUUUCUGUCUUGACUUGGACAGUGUUUGGUAGUCUGUGUGUGGCCAUGUACCAGUGAGGGUUGGAAAUUAGGAAGAUGCUAUCUGCAGAAAUUUUGCUAGUGUAUUUCCUCAUUCUGUCCCAUCUUUACUCAACCGUUGAAAGGUGUAAGCUGAUUCGUAUAUCAUAUCUCAAAGAUGACAGUUACGAGGUUGAUCAAUUGGUAACCUACUCUUGUAAGGAAUUGAUUCUCUCCAUGCGAUUGUUUUUGUUAGAUUCAGUGGGUAUUUGUAUGUGCGGCAGAGGGUUGAACCUAAAGCAAUUGUCUGGUUUCAGUUUUCUGAAUUCGGUUUACUUGUUGAAACUGAAUGUAGCUCAAUGGUAAAUGCUGAA